AAUUUUCAUUUAAAUAAAAUUUAGUGUUAAAAUGUCAGAGGAUUCCCUUUGAGAAAUAUAUCCCAGAGAAAAUAAAAAAAAAACCCCAUUGAAGUGUGGUAGUUGAAUCGCCCCCCUCUCUCACCUCACCGCUGUAUGUAUCUCGCCCACUCUAUUUAUUAUUCAUGUUAAGACACUAGCAGGAGACGAAGAAGAAGAAGCAGCAGCAGCAGUUUUAGCAGAGCUAUGGCAGCUGUUGAACAUACCUUUCACGGCACAUGGGAGAUUGUUUCCUGUACAUUUGAAGGCAAAAAGGAAAUAUCCGGUUUAGAAGGAAUAAAAUUCCGUUUGGACGACACCAGUGACAUAACGUGGUACAAUGAUUUGGUCAGCCCUUUGCCGGAAUCCAAAGACUGUGGCAGUUGUUGUGAUUCGGCCAGCGUCCUUUUCAGCUGUGAAACAUUUGAGAUCAAUGAGCAGAAUCCACGUUUGAUAUUUGGUGCUUUUGCCGGUCAUAGUAUUGAAUUUAAUACCACAACCCUCUGCCCCUCGGACACCUUGAUUCUGUACUGUGAGAAUUGGUAUGCAGUGGAAUGUAAAAGAUUAAAAGAGGGACAAGCAGCGGGGCAAGAGAAGGAGUUUUCAUUUGGUGAAGCACUGCAGGAAUCCUAUUUUACCGAUGUCAUAAUCAAAAGUUCGGAUGGAUGUGAGUACCACGUUCAUGCCGCCAUUCUACGGCUAAAUGGCUUCGAUUGCAGCAUGUGUGUCCAUCACACCAGCACCAUAUCCAUACCUCAGGCCGUGUGUCGGACCCAGGAUAGUUUAAUGCCUGCGAAAGCCAAAGAAAAUGCCAGCCUUCCCAAUUCACCAAAUCCCAUCAAGAUAUCAGUUACUUUACCUAGCACGGGCAAUAAUCAAACCUCAUCCACAACAUCCGGGGAUGAUCAUCAGAAAUCUUUACCCCGCCUCAAUUUAUCACCCAUUUAUCUGCAACCACCUACGGAGUAUGGUGUUGGCAGUACAACAACUGGCCUGAAAACACAACAACAACAGCAUCAUCAUCACCACCAACUAUCUUCCUCCUUUAACUGCCUAUCGACGACAGCAAAACCUCUGCAGAAUGGUAGCAGUCAAAAUCUACUUAACAUUGAGGGAGGUGGUGGCAUGCGUCGCUUUCCACCCACCUCACACUCCGACUCCCAUCUGGAAUCUCACAAACUCCAACCUCAAGCGAAAAAUAUUUUCAAUUUUUGUCAGGAUUUGAUGUUGCAACAAACGGUGGAAGUGUGUAGUUCGGGUGGUUGUAAUACCCGAAGACCUCCGCUAUCACCUUUUCGGGCCCGAAGUCCCUCUCCCUUUCCCAGUUCCAUGGAUACACCGCCCUCUUCGCCUUUAACACCCGUGGCAGUGCUCUACGACUUGCCGGCAUUCCUAUUGACACCAAUCCUGCAUUGGCUUUACACUGAGUCCCUGAUGCCCGACAUGAGCGAGGAUGUGUGUGAAAAACUUAUCAAUUUCGCUGAGGCUCAACCGUCACUGAUGAAGCUGGCCGAACCGGCAAAGAAAUAUUUGAAAAUGAUCAAAUUGAAGAAGUUUGUUGUUAAUAUCAUAAUGGAUUUGCAUAGCAUCUUGAAUCGUGUCAUCCAGACCAUCAAUCCAGUAACAAUAUCACAUGAACCCGCCUUACUUUAUGCCACAUUUAAGGAUAGUUUAAGAGAAUGCUCUAUAGGAUGUGCCAAAAUUUUACAAUUUUGCAAUAUAUUUAUUAAGGAUGCCGCCGAUAUUGCACGUUAUCAAAAGAAUGAAAUCAUCAAAUAUGUCCGCACUCGAAUACCCAUUUUUAUGUCACAACUACAUCAGCUGCUGCGUAACAUUUUGAAUGUAUUUUUAAGUCUAACGCCUGACGAAAAAGAUGAAUUAGCUAAUUACUUAGUACCUGAGAUUGAAAAAACUUUAUUGAUUUUAACUAGUGUGAUAGAAGAAAUCAAAAAUUCUUUAGAGAAAAUGUGUAAAGACUUAAAAUGCUCACAUUUAGAUUUAUCGAUGAAAUAUGCAACAGAUGAUGCUGUUGCCAUGCAAAUACAAAAUAAUACCUUUAUAACGGCAAAUAAUCCUAUGGAUGAUGCUAGCACGGUUACGACACUCUUCAGUCAGCCACCAUUGUCGCCUAGACCACGACGGGGACCACCCAUCGGUUUGACGUUGUAUGAUAAUCCGACGGAUAAACAGCGACUAAUGAGUGCCGAAAAUGAUUUGAAAUUCGUUUUGUAUAUGUACGAAGUAAGGAAAAUGAGAGAUAUAUAUGGUCGAAUAUCGGCUGCCUUGGAGAUAAUUAGAGAUAAGAAGACCACCUAUUGUGAAAUGGAUUUCCUAAGCAAACGCAGUACCAUCAAUCAAAAUCUAGAACAGCUAAUUGUGGAUAUUCCAACGUACAUAUUGAUUAUGGAAAAUCUCUCAGAUCGCUUGGAAGAGAAGUUGGGAUGGAAGGAGUUUAAAUUCUGUUUCAAAUUGGCAACAUCGCAAAUUAAUGGCGUAAUUGUGAAAAUAUUUGAUCAUAAAUCGGCUUUGAAGGAUGCCAUGAGUCAGAUCUGUAAAUUGGUCCAGAAGCAAGAAUUUACACACACCCUGAUCGAGCUUGGCCUAUUGGAACCAUCGAAUAUAUUGGAGAGUGAAUUGAAAACAUUACAAAGUGAAGAUACAUUUGAGCUGACCUUGGAUCCCUUGGUUAUGGAGCGAACGCAUGAUUAUGACUACAAUAGUGUGAAGCUUAAUCUCAUACGCCAUCUAUGCGAACCGCCCAUAGCUGCCAGUAGUAAUCUAUCGAAAAAUGCUUUGCGGCUUCUACACUCGGCUCAACUAUCGGAUAUGGAAUUUGAAGUUCACAUGUAUGCACCGCAACAGCAGGACAGCCAGGCGCCUGGUCUCAAUGGAAUAAAUAAAUCCGAAAUAGAUAUACAGCUGAUGGCAUCACAUAAAUCAUCAAUACAAGUGCAUACUUUUAGGGCGCAUCGGGUUAUUGUGGCAGCACGAUGUGAAUGGUUCAAAAAGGCACUGAUGUCCGGCAUGCAAGAGAGUUUGACGAGAAAAAUCAUCGUCACCGAUUGCUCUCCGGUGAUCUUUCGUCGCCUUUUGCUGUAUCUAUAUGGUGCUCCCAUUGACAAGACUGUGGGUCCAGAACAUAUCUGUGAAUUAAUGCUAUUGGCUGAUAAAUAUUCCAUAGAUGAUUUGAAGGAAUUGUGUGAAAAUACCUUAAAUUCUCAAAUCGAUGAACAUUCGGUGUUGUGUCUAUUGGGUAUUGCCGAUCAUUACAUGGCCACAGCGUUGAAAUCCAAGUGUCUUUCGUUUCUCUCACAAAAUUCACAUUUGACAAAGGCUGCUAUGUUUAAGGAGUUAUCAAGGCCAUUACAGCUUGAAGUUAUGGAUUUAAUACACUGGUAUGGCCGCGUAUCGGAGCCAUGGUCUGAUACGGGUGGCUUCAAGCCGCGCAGCACCUCCCGGCACAGUCUCAAGAGUCCCUCGAAGCCCCGUUCACGUUCCAGAAAAUCAUCACCCUCCUUUAUGUGACACUGACUUUUAAGGCUUAGGGGUAAUUAAAUGUAUGGUAAUCUAAAUGGAAAUCAAAGAUCGAAACUAUAGAUAUUUUUGAAAUUACACAAUUGAUGGUGAAGUGGAGGCAAGAUUGGAGCACUUAUAAGAGACUAAUUAAAAAAAAAAAAAACAUUAAUUUACGAACUUUGAAAAUUCGAUCUAAUUGAUAGAAAUUUUUACCAUUUUUAGAGAAGAUACCAGAAGCAGUGGCCCAUAUUUGACAUUUUCCAUCGGGCCUAUUUUUAUACCCUACAACACCAUGUGUUGGGGGUAUUAUAAGUUUGAUUGGGCCAAAAAUUAUGUAACACCUCGAAAUAUUGGUUUCCACAUAGGAAAGUAUAUAUGGAUCUUCCUAUCUCGCCGAGCUGAGUCGAUCUAGCUAUAUAUGUCCGUCCGUCCGUCUGUCCAUGUUAAUUUGUAAUCACUCUACAGGUCGCAAUUAUGGCCCGAUCUUCACGAAAUUUAGAAUGGAGGUGGAGGUGGCUAGGGCCAGAAUAUAACCCUAUUGCUUUUGGAGAUGAUCGCAUAAUAUUUAGGGGUCGAAAUGGACCAAAACUGAAAAAUUUCCUGAUUUUGCAGUUGCUCUACAGGUCGCAAUAAUAGACUUAUCGAUGCCGAAUUUAGCAUGGAGCUAGAGCUUAGGGCUGGGCAGAAGUCUUCAAACUGCAAAAAAACUGCAACAAAGUCAAACGCCAUAAUUUUUACAUUUUUUUUUUUAAAUUUUAUUGAAUGAAAGCUAAAAAAUAUCGGAAAUAGCAUUUUAGAAUAAGUUUAGAUUUGUGCGAAUUGAUCACCUUUGGCACGAAUUAUAGCCCUCAAACGGCCAAUGAAACCGUCACACGCUGCUCGAAUGUUGCUCUGUGGUAUUUUGGCCCAUUCCCGGCGAAGCGCUUAGUGCCAACCUUGCUUUCCAAAAUACUCCAAACACAAUAGUCCAACGGAUUGGUAUUCGGAGAUUUUGGUGGCCAUUGUGCGCUGAAAAUAAAGCGAGGAACCUCAUUUUGUAACAAUUCUUUGGUGGCGCGUGCUGAGUGCGAUGGAACCUAGUCCUUAAUACACCCUCCAGAACAUUUUUGAGAUAAUAUUCCGCAAUUAUUCUGAUGCCAAGGUCGAUUAAUAGGAGCGGAGAGCGACCAUCGGAUGUUAUGGCGGCCCACACCAUCACCAUGGCCGACGCUUGAGUUCUGGUGGCCAACCGAAGGAUCACAUUUUCAGCUGACCUCUUUGGCAAUUAAACACGAUCAUUUUGUUUGUUUACAGACUGCUGGACAACGAAUUUUUUCUCAUCGGAGAAAACCAAUUUCGGCAAUUCACCACUUUCCGCAAUUUACCAAAAGAAGCAAAUCUUUAGCUCUUUUGAGUCUAUUUUCUUUCUGUUGCCGUGUAAGUUCUUGCUCUUUUUGGAAUUUCAAUGGCUUUACCCCGAGAUCAUUUUUCAAUAUUUGCCAAAUGGAAUAUUGCGAUAUGUUCAGCUCAUGAGCCAUUUUUCGGUCACUGCGACGCGGGUUUCGAUCAAGUCGCUUCUUUAUUUUUCGAACCAUUUCUGCUGAUGUUGCUGUUUUCUUCCGCCCAUCAGUAUAACGGUAACGAGCGAUGGUACGAGACACAAAAGAUUUAUUCACAUUUAGAUGCUGGAGUGCUCUAACAAUAGCCACUUGUGGUUUUCCAGCCAAAUAUAAAGAUAUCACAAUAUCACGCUAGAAUUUUAUCACGAAUAACUUUUUUUGUGUAAAAUUCUCACCAAAAUGCUUUUGUACGCUUGUAAACAAUAUAAUGAACUGUCACUGGAAUAAUGAAGUUGGUUGCAGUUUUUUCAUCUCACCCUGUAAUUGUACGAAAAGUACUAAAUAGUGCUAAAUUUGAUAUUUGAUGAAGGGAAAGAGCUGAAAUCUUGGAAUUUAAUUAAGGUAACACUCUUGGUGUCUGUUAAGAUAUGGAUGUGAUCUUGGAAAUGCGACUACAAUUGUGCGAAAAGUACUAAGUGGUAUUGGGUGAAACAGUAGCGCAGGGCCUCAAUUCUUGUUCUAUAGAAAUGUGAAAUGAAAACAUUUAUAAAGGAAAGAAAUGUCAAUUGAAAAAUUUUAUAAAGGAAUUUCGAUCGGGUCGAAUCUUUAAUACCAUCCACCAUUUGAAAUAAACUUGAAAAAAAAAAUGGGGGCUAUACGAAGGAGGCCCUCUCUACAAAAAGGGAGGUACUUUUAAACAGGGGCUACACCAAAACGUUGACCUGCACAGACAAUUUUCAGUCAUUGGCUGUAGUAUCCAUUACGAACUUCAAAUACCAAAUUUGAAACAUUUCCGGUGAAUAAUGUCGCUAAAAAUCACCAAACUACCAAAAAUAGGGAUGUAUUAUUAUAUGGGGGUUAUACCAAAAGACAGACGAGCAUUCGACAAAGAAUUUUAUGCUGAUCAAGAAUAUAUAUACUUUGUGGGGUCUAAAAUGUAUGUUUCGAGGUGUUACAAACGGAAUGACAAACUUAAUAUACCCUCCAUAUUUUGGUGGAGGGUAUAAAAAUAAUUGUUAAAUAUGUCAAAUAAGUGUUCAUUCCAAAUUUGUAGGAUAUUUCGGUACAUUUUUUUGGUACUGGUGUAAUAUCUGCUGGUGAAAUAUCGGCUGCAGUCACUUUUGAAAUAAAUCAAAAUAACACCUCUUUCAUAAAUCACUACCUACAUUAAGCGCUAUUUUUUUUUUUUUUUUGUCUAAAAAUGAAUUUUUUCCAUGAUUAAAUCUACUCUACUCUUUUUCUAAAGAAAAAUUUUCCUAAGCAAAAUUUUACAAGUGUCAACAUCUUGCCUUCACCACAAUGACAUGGAAUGUUUACAGGUUUAAGAUAAAGCAAUUGUUUUGGAAUUCGAUUUUUUUUCUAAUUAUGUUUAUUAUGAGUGUUAUAUUUAAAAUGCAAAAGAAAUGAAAAAUAAAAAAACUAAUAAUAUUUUAAAUAGAUGACAACAACAAAUUACUAUGUGUAAUUAAGAAAUACAAUUAUAUAUUUUACAAACCAAAAAAAUUAGAAAUAGCAACAAUUAUCACAAUAAAAUUAAAAAAAAUCCCAUAAAAAAAUAAAUCAAAUCAUUGUUCAUGCUGCACUGUUGUUUUUUAGUUUUACAACAACAAAACAGAAAUUUAAUAAAAAAAAUCAGCAAUUAAAAAAUAUAUUUAAUAACUCUAACAGCAAUCACUGAACAUCCCUCCUAUGAAAUACAUACUCACUCAGCAAAUAAAAAUCAAAGCUCACCCAGAAAACAUACAUAUCCAAGCAAAACGAUUUUUUCGCCUCUAAUUAAUGUACCUUAAAUUUAAAAUGUUUUUUCGGUCUUCUUUAAAUGUAUAACUAACAAAAAAUAAUCUAGAAAACAAAUAUUGAAAUAAUUUUUUUUAAUUAAAAAAAUCAAACACAAGAAUUUAUUAAUUCCAAAGAGAAACUAAUCAUAAGCUAUUAAAUUAAAAUCACUAAUACUACUACUGCUACUAGUAAAACACAUAAUCGUACAUAUUUAUACACAUACAUACACAUAUAUUUUCGGUGUCAAAACUCAAAAACACGAAACAAAUCAAACUCAGAUUUCAUCGACAUUAUUAUAAUUGUAUUUUUUUAUAUAUGUAUUUGUUUUUAUUCUUCUUCUUGUUUUCCAACUAUACUCAAAGUUUAUAUUUAUAAUAAA